AAGGGUGUUGACUACUGUCUCCUUUCUCGGGCUCUCUUCGAGUCAACGCGCAUGAUUGUGGCGCACUCGGAGGUCACGUGGUUCCCCCGCGCAUGCGCCGUACGCUUUGUUCCAUAGCUUCGUACACUGGAGAACAUUGCGGGAAAACGAAUAGAAGGUGGUAUUAUUAUUUUUUCCUCGGACUUUUCGAAGUUUCACCUUCCCCAUUCCCUUAUAAAAGGACAUUGAUAUUGCGGAUCGAAAGAUUCCUGCUUUGGUCGUCUAUAGUUUACUAAAAGCAACCUAAAAACGGUCUUAUCAGCGGUCGAGACUGAGCGGCAGGCACUAAGUUGGACACACGCUGAUGUGUGAUGGCGGUCACCAUUGAGGAUCUCUAUCGAAACUACGGGGUUCUAGCCGAUGCUAAGGACAACCUCAGUCAGCACAAAGAUGCUUAUCAAGUAAUCCUGGCUGGAGUGAAGGGUGGUCCAAAGGAGAAGCGGCUGGCAGCUCAGUUUAUUCCCAAGUUCUUUAACAGCUUUCCAGAACUGGCUGAUGCUGCCAUUAAUGCCCAGCUUGACCUUUGUGAGGAUGAAGAUGUGUCUAUUCGACGACAGGCCAUCAAGGAGCUUCCACGCUUUGCAACUGGUGAAAACAUCUUCAGAGUCGCAGACAUUCUUACCCAGCUCCUUCAGACAGAUGAUACAGCAGAGUUCAACCAAGUUAAUGUGGCACUCAUUUCAAUCUUCAAAAUGGACGCCAAGGGUACUCUUGGAGGACUUUUCUCUCAGAUCCUGCAGGGGGAAGACAUUGUGCGAGAAAGGGCCAUCAAGUUUCUUUCCACCAAACUGAAAACUCUACCAGAAGACAUAAUGACAAAGGAAGUGGAAGAAUAUGUCUUUGCAGAGACAAAAAAGGUGCUGGAGGACGUGACAGGAGAGGAAUUUGUGCUUUUGAUGCGUGUAGCGUCAGGUCUGCGAGUCCUGCAGACGGUAAACGGGCGGCAGCAGCUUGUGGAGCUGGUGGUGGAGCAGGCUGACCUGGAUCAAGCUCUUAACCCAGCAGACCCUGAUGCUGUGGACCGACUCCUGCAGUGCACACGCCAGGCCCUCCCACUGUUUUCUAAAAAUGUUCAUUCCACCCGUUUUGUAACCUACUUCUGUGAACACGUCCUGCCCAACCUCAGCACCCUCACCAGCCCUGUGGCUGAGCUGGACAUCCAGCUGGAGGUGCUGAAACUGAUGGCGGAAAUGAGUCCAUAUUGUGGAGACAUGGAGAAGCUUGAGGCCAACCUCACCAUAUUGUUUACCAAGCUGCUGGAAUUUAUGCCCCUUCCACCAGAAGAGGUAGAAAAUGGAGAGAACUCUGCAAGCGAGGAGCCCAAACUGCAGUUCAGCUAUGUGGAGUGCCUCCUCUUCAGCUUUCACCAGCUGGGAAAAAAGCUGCCAGACUUCCUUCUUGACAAAGUGGAUGGCGAGCGUCUCAAGGACUUCAAGAUCAGGUUGCAGUAUUUUGCCAGGGGGUUGCAGGUUUACAUCAGGCAAUUGCGGGUAGCCCUGCAAGGAAAGACGGGAGAUGCUCUGAAGACGGAAGAGAACAAGAUCAAAGUGGUUGCCCUCAAGAUCACGAACAACAUCAACAUCCUCAUCAAGGAUCUGUUUCACAACCCUCCAUCCUUCAAGAGCACAGUUACUCUGUCUUGGAAACCUGUCCAGAAGACUGAGGCAGUAGCAGCCAAACGUUUGUCAAGCGAAGAGAUGGGUUCCGGUGCAGCCACAAAAAAACAAAUCACUCCUCUUCCUCGGAGGGACGCACGACAGAUCUACAACCCCCCCAGUGGCAAAUACAGCUCCUCGAUUGGCAACUUUAACUAUGAGCAGCGCGGCGGAUUCAGGGGUGGCAGAGGACGAGGCUUCGGAGCUCGAGGUAACAGGAGCCGAGGCCGAAUCUACUGAGACACAAUAGUGUACAUAUUGCUCAUUGAACUGCAUCACAUCAGGAUCUUUGCUUCCCGGGGAUGGACUAUGUCUUUACAAUUUUUCUUACUUGUUUUUUUUUUCUCUUCUCCUAAUAAAUGUUUCGGUUCCAACAUGUUAUUAAGUUGGUGUUUUCAAGAAUUGUGUCUUUUUGGUUUUUGUCUUCAGGAUAUCAAACACUUUUCUAAGUACUAUGUCAUUAUUUCCACCUAGUGUUUCCUUUAGCCAAGUCUAUAGCAUCUUUGUUAUAUUUUUCUUCUUCCACAGCUUAAAAAGUAUUCAAUGUACUUUUGUUUCAUAGACGACGUGUUGUGGCUGAAAUAUUUUGUCAAGUAGUUGUAGGAACAUAAAGAUCCUUUUGUUUUGCAACAUGUUCAUAAAUGCACCAAUUUUUACCAUUUUAUUUAAUCUCGUUUUUAUCAGAGCUUAAUUGGAAUUGGCUGACUGUACUACUUUGUAUGACUUAAUGCUGUUUCAUUGGAUUUUUAUCAUAAACUUCUGCGGAAGGAGGGUC